AUGCCAAAAGUCACUAGUGAAAAUUCUGGAUUGAUCUCCAGCGAUGAUGAAGAAAUGGCCAGCGAAAUCAACCGUCCUCUCCAGCAAUACGAUUUUACCACUUUCAAUUUACCUCGGGCAUAUAGAUAUAUUCGGGAAAUUAGCUAUGUGGAGCCUUUUUCUUAUCGCCUCCGCGAUAUUCACGAUUAUGACGAAUGGAGAAUGCACUUAAGAGACUACUUUUCAAGGAUGAAACUCGGCCUGGGUGAUGCUGUGAAACAUAUAGAAAGUGGUCUCGUGCUGCAAAAUACGAUGCAUCCGUCAGUUGAACAUUAUUACGAAGAAGCACGAGGUGACAUGCCUCAACUUAAGAAGGUCUUGAGAAGGAUUGAAAGGCACAUGUGCAACGUUGUUAGAAAAACUGUUGAUAAUAACUUUUUAGACUUAUGCGGCUUAUUAAAUUGUGAUGUUUCCUAUGUGACUAUAAUUUCCAGCAUUGAUGAUUUUGCAAAGCGCUAUUGGGUCGAAAGAAAGGUUCGUGAACUCCGGUCCUUUAACGACAGAGUGCAUCUCAACCUCAAUCGCCCCAGAGAAACUUGGCUGCAUUAUAGAGUGUAUGCUCACGAUUGGAUAGUUCUAUGCCUAUGCCUAUCCAUAGAUAUAAAGAAAUACUCUGAUGGUCAAUUAGGUUUUGUCUUUGAAAAUAUUGAAAAGGCUGGUCUACGUGAGAGUUUUAAGAAAGCUGGUAAACACCGGCGUGAUUUAGGUGGGGGAACUUUCACUGAUGCACAAGUUUCUGUGUUGAUCAGAAUAACACAGUUAACGAAAGAAGUCUGUGAGGAAUUUGAUCCACCAAGGCAACAUCCUAGGGGUAAGAAAAAGGGACAUCAUUGA